AUGGCCCUCGAUAACGCCGUUCUACGCCGCUUCUCAGUUAGCGUCAAGUUCUUCAAGUCAUCAUUAUGGUCCGAAGUACCCCAACACCCUGGUGACGAGGUCAGGCUUUUCAGAACGACAAGGAAGCGAGCGCGGUACGCAACACUUGGUCGUAGAUGGAGUGCCCAUGAGAGCUUCCUACUGAAAAAGUCCAAAGAAAUUGAUCUUCUCAGAGGCAUUGGAUGGGCUACAGUUCCAAAAACUUUCCAGCAUGCAAUGUGGCUGACUUGGGAACUUGGCAUCAAGCACGUCUGGAUCGACAACCUGUGCAUCGUGCAGGACGACCCAGAAGACUGGCACCGGGAAUUGGUGAAGAUGAAGGCCGUCUAUGGGCUGUCCUACAUCCACAUUGCAGCUCGUUAG